GUUCUCUUGGUGGCGCUGUUGAUGCGAUACGGCCGCGCCGUGAUAUAUGGAUGCGAUGACGGACAUCGAUCGACGACAACCGAGCGGUAGAAUGGGGCGCUAAAUCACUGACAACAAGUGCAUUAAACUAACCUCACCUGCUAACUCCGCCCGUCAUACACUAAGCCAGUAGCUAGGCAGGACUCGUCUGGCCGCAAUGUCAGCAACAGUCAGCGGGGACGAUUCCGCUGUCCGUGAGGGCUUCCUGUGCCCAAUCUGCAUGCAGGAUCUCAACUCGGUCUUCCAGCUGCAGACCCACUUUGAGGAGAAUCACACCCACGAGGAUAAAGCCGUGCUUCACCAUCUCAAGGGUUUCUUAGGCAAAGCCAAGAAGUUUCUGGGCAAGACAGAGGAGCAACCCGUGGAGCGUGAGGUUGCAGAGGCUGACGAGGAUGAAGGUGAGAGAAGUCCUGGGCUGACGACGCCGACAUCACGCGUCUGCGGCAUCGACGAUACGCAGUGGCCCCCACAGGAACUGGGAGCCACGCGUGGUUAUUACGAGUACUUCAGAGGGCAGCGUAGCUCACACGUCGACCGCAACACCGUAGAAACAAACAAGCUGCUAAUACGCUUGGAGAAACUGGUCAAGUUCAACCACGAGUGCGCCGAACCGUCCAAGCGUAAAGGUAAACGGGCUCAAAGAGCCUUUGAGAAGACAGUGGUGCCUUGGAAGGAAGAUUCCUCCAUGAAGUUUUGUCCCUAUUGCAUGGAGCGUUUCGGUCUGUCCCUGAGACGUCACCACUGUCGCCUGUGUGGCAACAUCGCCUGCUUGAAAUGUUCAGACUUCCUACCACAUGCUUGUAGUGAAAAUUUGUUGAAAUCAGAGGAGGAAUUACUGAGGGAUCAUCAGAGGGAGCAGGCAAGGAAAGACAAGGGUGCAGAGGGGGGAGAUGAUGAGGAUAUGAGUGGGACAUUGAGGCUCUGCAAAAACUGCGACCAACUGCUGGUAAGGAGACUACAAGCAGUCCGAGAGAAGGUCAUUAAAUCCAACCUUGUCUUAUUGUACCAGAGGCUCACAGAGGUAAAAAAUCAUGUCAUUGCACAAUUGUCAGUGUACAAUCCCAAAGUGGAAUCACUCUUGUAUGGAAGCUCCACCAUUAGCCGGGAUGUAAUGGAGAGAGAACGAACCAAAAUAUUGAAAAACUUUGAUCUUAUCGACACUAUCAGCAAGAAGAUUUUGGGGCUAUCUGCAACCAACUCCAGUCGUACCCACCAGCGGUUGAUUCAGAAGAUUCGCACCCACUGCACCCUCUUCCUCCAAGCCAACAUGCACACGAUGGUCACCCUGCCGACAAAAGAGGAAAUUGAGAAACUGAAAGCGGAACGGAGGGCCGCCAUCACCCGCCGCAUCCAGGAGGAGAAACAGGCCGAGCUCGAGGCCCAGCGACAGGAACGACUCGAAAGACUCGAAAAGGAGAAAAGGGACCUUAAGACCCUGGAGAGCGCCAAAAAGGGCCACGUCCGCAUCCCGAGCUGGCCCCUGAAUCUCAACAAGAACAAGCAGGAUACUUCCCCGACCAAAAGUAGAACGGGCGGAGCCAAGACGCUGGAGGGCGGCUGGAAACCCUCGGCGGUGAGCCAGGCGGAGCUGAUGGCAUCCUCGGACAAUCCCAUGAUGCAACAGAUGAAUAUCAUCAGGAAUUACAUCAGACAGGCCAAGGAGAUGCAGAAAACAGACGAAGUCAAGAUGCUGGAGGAGAAUCUGAGAGAACUUGAGAUGGAGUACGGCAGACAGUCCAGGUUUUAGUACCUUACUUCCAAAUCAUUGCCUAUUGUACCUUGCCUUUUACAGAAUUUUCAUGAAGGGAGAAAAAUACAUUUGAGUGCCAGUCACUAACUGCAUUUUGUCCAUUACGGAAUUUUUAAAAACCGUCAAUAUUGAAGAGGGACUAUGUAAUUUUGGACUUUAUUCAUGAGGAAGCCAUUUUUCAUAAGAUGGUAUUUUAAUUGUAUCGGGUCGAUGUAAAUCAAACUAGGUUUUGCUCUUCACCGACGUGUAAACACUGUACAUGUAUACUCAGUGUGUUACCUCCCGAGUGAAAGUUGGACAAAUCACUCGGGUGGGACUCGAACCCACGACCUCCUGCUUUCUAGUGCAGACGUAUUACCAUUCGACCACCGAGCCAUUUUUGUGGUGUUCCCUGUAUUUUAUAGAUUAUAACUGUUGAAUGGGAUGGUGCCAGACUAUUAUGCAUUCUAGCCUCACUAUAAUUUUUUUUAAUGUGGCUUAAAGCAUUAGGGUACGUUUAAUCACAAAUUUUAAAUUAUUCAUCAGAGCAGACUGGUAUUAAUUUGUAAUGAACUGUUAUUUCAUUGCUUUCAUUUCUCUCCGCCAGCUCCAAAAAUGAUAAUUUUACCUUGCUUUCAAUUUAAUAUGGCCGACUGAAGAUUGAGUAUGAAUGACAGUCAGGUUAUUAUGACUAUAUUUCAGUGUGUCCAUUUAAGUGCAACUUCAGUUGAUAUGAACAUGAAACCAAAUAUCAAGUGUUCUUACAUUUGCAAUCCAAUCAGUGUAUUACCAAUAAUCACUAACAUUUUUUGUAUCGUGGAUGUUAUACUGAAUAUUUAAACUUGAUUAAAAUCACAUUACCUAUAUCACACAACUGAAAAUCAUGUAAUUGAUAAUUACCAGUUAUCUUCAGCUAUAUUUGUUUUUAAUAUAACUAUUUUACCCUUUACUUGUACAAAUGCCAUUUUGUUAUGGCAUAUUUAUUAUUUACUUAUUGUUUAUGAGCCUUGGAGCUAUAUACGUGAAUCCGGGGACCAGAGUUAGAAGCUAAACUGCGGUGGAGCCACGCUCGCGCACAUGCUGCACGUGCUUUUAAAGAUGAGGCACGCGUGCAUUUUGGUAAAUCGAUUGGUUGAAGGAGCCCGGAGUGCGUGCGUACUACCUGAGCGUGACUCGCGCGCCUGGUGCCACCGCAGAAAAUGGCUGUUGCUGGAUUAGUCUAUACAAGUGCCUAGGCUUGUAAAUUAAACAAAAAAAUACACAAAAGGUUGGAGGCCGCCAUGUGCCCAAACUCAUUCGCAAUGUCAGUAAAGAUGCAUUGGGUUGGUGGAUGCAGAUGAACAUUAGUCUCCUUCACUCCACAUUAUACAUGUUUGCCUAUCAUGCCUAUGGACCAGCGCAUUUGCACUGCCUCUUUCCCUCAGUGGCCCUGGUGAUGAUGGGUAGGGAACACAACGCCACACAGAGUUUAAGAGUACAGUUGAACCCUGAUAAGAAGAGUACUGUUAAUAAAAUAUCCUGCUUAUAGAUCUUUCAAAUGACAUCACUGCCUACAGAUAGUCACGUGCACUGGCAUUUUGGGAGUCAAAUUUUCGUGAUGCGCAUCAACUGGGCAGUAUUUCAAAGAAAUUUCAAGCAAAUGUGCGCCUGUUUAGAACAUUUUGCACACUGCGCGCAAACAUACCUGAUGGCUUUGGGACUGAGUACGCAGUUGUGAUUUUCCUAAGUCAAGAGGGCAUCCUAUGAGAGGGGUCUAUAACCAGGAAUAUUUUAGGUCCUAAGUCUUUGUUUUUCUUUGUUUUCUAUUACUUUGAGUACAAGGUACCUGUUUUAACAAGGUAAUUUGUAAAGUCCUAAUGACCUCAUCAUACAUGUAUAGGCAUUCCACUGUCAUGACUGUAUACAAGUUUUUCAAUGUGAGGUAAGUAUCGUGGAAUAAGUUAAGAGGAACUGACUAUAGUGAAAUCUCCAUAAGUCAAACUCUGAUCAAAAUCCAUUGCCUUCAGUAGUAUAACAAUGAUAUACCACCCUGCAUAACUCAAAACUCUACUUAAGUCAAAUUUUGAACUUAUUAAGAUUUCAUUGUCCAUAGACAGUGCUAGAAUGUUUACUCAACUUUCAAAAGUAUUGGGAGGUAUUCACCAUUUCUCCCUUAAAAACAGUAACUAGAUACAUUACUGAAAACAUUCUAAUCCUUUUUAUAGAGUAUUGUUUAUGUCAGUUUUAUUGAGUUUAAAAAAAAAUGAUUUUCAAGCUGCAGGAUCAAAGUAACCAAUAAUGUGUCUGUUUAGUUUAAAUGUUGUACAUGAUAUUGUUUUAAGUUGUACAAUAUUUUACUUAAACUGUUCCAUAUACUGGAGUACUAGCACAAGUCCAUGUGUAUUGUUAGAUCGCCCUCUGUUGACUUUGAAAAGUGUCAGGUAAGACUUUUAGACAAAUUUUAGUGGUGUUACUUUGCAUUGCAUGCCUUUUAGUUUUUGCAUUUUUUUUGCUUGCCACAAGUAAGCGUUCAAAUAUAAAAGAAGUAAUGAUUUUUCUUUUUUGGAAAUUUUGUUGAAUGGAGAAUCAUCAACAUUCCAAGGGACUGAACAGUUUCUUAUUUAAGUUUUGUACACAAAGAGAUUAAUCAACUGUGCUAUAAAAAUAUGAAGUUGCUUUUUAUUGUAUAUGAAUUUUAUAGUGCUUAAUACACAAACGUGAUUCUGCAUUUGUAAUAAACUAUAUGAAUAAAUGUU